CUCGUGAAGCCUACAGGAGGCCACCUAGGCCCUUGCCAUUAUUUACAGAUGUUGCAAGGCUCUACGCGGCGGGAGGGGCGCUGGAAUACCAGAUACCUGUAAAGGUUUAUGCAGGUCUAUAACAAAGCCGUGGUCACCCGCAAAGUAAAUGGCACAUAUACUUGCGUUUUAUAUUGUUUGUCCCCAAUCAUUCCUAGUUGCAACUAUACUCGAGUAUAUACUCCCUUCGGUAUUCAGAAUCAUGACGAGAAAGUCGGGUUCUCAACCCGGCACAAGGCAAUCCAGCUCCAGUGCAUCCAUCACAACAGCGCUUACCCCGUCGACUGAAAGCGAAAAAAGCUACGACUUCCCUCACGAAGAAUCUAGAACCGGACAUGAUUCAGGAAGUUUUGCUGCGGAUAGAGCGGGUCUCCAUCCAUCCUCGACUUUGACCGAAGGAAGCCAAGAUGCAGCAUUGGCCGAUGGAAUUGGUAAAAUACACUUAUCCAGCGCGGGCGGGAACUUCGGUGUGUCCGAGUUACAAUCGGCCAUCGAUGAUUUGGCAUCAUCUACGAGCACCCCAAGGGGAUCGCACCGAUGUGAGACCCCAGAUUCGUCGGAGCAUUUGUCUCCCCCACCGCGCCCAACUGCGCGAAGACGGUCUAGUCCGCGGACGAGGCAGCCGCCUCAUGUAGUCGAGGAGGAAGAACCUCCGCAAGAUCGAUUUCAUGAACCGGGGCUCCAGAAAGCUUUAUCGGAGACUAAAGACCGAGUGAUACAACUCAAGGCUGUUCUGGGGAGCAGUGAAUUACAUGUUCAGCCGGAUUCUACGGUGCAGCGACUCUAUGAGAAGACCUCUUCAUUGUCUGAUUUCAGUAAACCGUUUGAGAGAACUGUUGCAUUCGUAGGAGACUCUGGUGUUGGCAAGAGCAGUCUGCUCAACUCACUGCUAGAUUUCCGUGCACUUGCACGCACAAGCAACGGCGGUGUAGCUUGUACAUGCAUUGCCACGGAGUAUCACUAUCAUGACCGCGACGACUUCGCUAUCGAAGUGGACAUCUUUAGCAGUGACGAGCUUGACGAGAUGCUUCAAGACAUGUUACAAGCUUUCCGCCACUAUGAGUUUUACGGGGAUGAGAUGGCUGGGGAUGAAAAGGUGGAAUGCGAGCAGCGAAACAGGAUUGCUUGGUACACAUUCCAGUCCAUGUUCGGGAAUCACUUGAUGAACCGCAGUCAAAUGCUCACAGAUGACUCUGAGGAAGCAGUUCUGGCAACCUUGCGUUCGUGGGCGCACGAGAAUGCUGCUGAAAUAUUCGAAGGUCGCCGGGUGCUGGCUUCGCUGGCAGAAUGUUCGGGUUGUCUUGUUGAACUCACUUCUGACCCAGCCACUCCCACUGAAAGGGCUGUGUGGCCGUUUGUGAAGCGGCUCAGCGUGUUUUUGAAAGCGCAUGUUUUGAGCAAAGGUCUAAUAUUUGCUGAUCUUCCUGGACUUCGAGACUUGAACACUGCCAGGCGGAACAUUACCGAGCGAUACAUUCUCGGUUGCGACGAAGUUUUUGCAAUAGCAGCAAUCGGCCGCGCCGCAAGCGACGAAGGUGUCAAAUGUGUUAUUGAUCUUGCCAAAAGAGCUAGUCUGUCCAACGUCGGCAUUGUUUGUACGAAGUCUGAUGACAUCAAACCCAAUGAAGCCCUCACAGAUUCAAAGGGAAAGACAGCUGCUCAUAUACGACAACUGAUGGACAACGUUGACUCAAGCGAAGAGCAGCUCAAGCAAGUAGAGGAAGAAUUAAGAGAUUAUGAUGAAGACGACUUGAGCGACGAGGAAAGAGAUAUAGCCCGUGAGCUUUCAAGGGACCUGGCACGACUCUCGAGAGAAACAAACAACAAGAAGUUUGAACUCAAACGAUACAUUAUCCAGAUGCGUAAUCGCAAAGUGAUUUUUAGUCUACGACAAAACUAUCAGCAUCUGGUCCCAGACCAUGGCCUCAAAGUAUUCUGCGUCAGUAAUGACGAUUAUUGGUUGACAAGGAACUCACCACGGGACGAAGCCAUGCCAUUGCUCCAACUCAGUGGCAUCAUCUCAUUGCGUAAGCACUGCAUAUCGAUUGUCUCAGAGGGCCAAUAUCAAAGCGCCAUCAAGUACAUUCGGCAUGACGUUGCGGCUCUGUUCAGCGACAUAGAGCUUUGGGUUCGAUCGGGUGCGCCAAGUUUGGAUGCCGAGCGAAAACAAGAGAUUAGAGAAGCUGUCGACGUUGUUGAGCGCUGUCUGAGAAACGCUCUCGUGGGACGCCCCUCUCACCUAAGAAGUUUUGUUCCAUCUGCGAGGGUAACUUUCGAGGAAAUGAUUCAAAAACACCAAAGGGACGUCGCUGAAUGGAGUCGGGCCGCGAGAGACGCUGCAGUUAAUUGGUCCGAGUGGCAUCACGGUACAUACGCGGCCUUUUGCCGAAAUUACGGGGACCAUUGCACCCGUGCCGUCGGCUCACGAAACUGGAAUGAAGAGGCUACAAAGACGAUGGUCCGUGAUCUGACUCACCCCUGGCAGAUCUUGAUGGAAAAAAUCCAUGACGGUGAACAAACCUUUAUGGCCUCACUUGAAGGAACAAUACAAUCGAUGGUUCAUCAUCUUGAGACAAAUAUCCAAAAUUCGCCAGAACUGUCCGACACCCUCAUUGAUGCCAUGAUGUCGCGUCAGGAUCUAAUAAGAGAUGAGCUUGAGAAGAUUACAGAGGAAUUGGCAUCAAACCUAGCGACUUUGAAGACGGAUGUAUUUUCCGGUAUCCGCACCUCCUUCGUCGGGAAAGCCAUGGAAUUGGCAUACAGAGGGUGCAACAUGGAGUCUGGUACCGGCAGUCACAGUCGGCGAAAAGCCAUCGUGAAUCGCCAUAUUUCUCAAGAGGCGCUCUUCGAUGGUAUCCUGAGGGAAACGACAACCCAUUUCCGGGCAUCCGUUACAAGAUGCGAGACCGAGGUUAGACGGGUUCUUCGAGAGCAGUUAGGAGAAUUCAAGGCCACAUGGGAUAUCGUGCGCAAUGAGAACGCCGCCACGGAAGGCGAGCAAGACCCGGGCUUUCGUCAGCGUGUGGAAAGUACACUUCAAGUAAGCCAGGAAACAAUGCGAGGGAUUGAGUCAGUGCCGGAGAUCCAUGAAAAUUAAUUAACAUCGAGGUCUUGGCAAUCUCAAAAACUAAGAUCGUAUAGUCUGCUUUAACUAGUCACACUAACUCGUUUCUAAAACCUCGACAAAAAUAGUUUUAUUUUCGGAAGUUGGAGAAGUUAUCCUGGUUCUUAUAGAAUAGUGAUGGGAAAAUUAUAGCAGACCUAUAAAUUAAGGGACAAAAUAAUGAAGUGUAUG